GUACUAAUCCAAAUCAUUCCUGCAUAAUUGAGCUAAUAAGUAUGUAUGCAGUGGUAGGUGAAGAAGAAGCAGAAACAGUUUGCCCUUCGUCAUCAGCUCAAGCUCCCAGGGAAGCCAAUGGGAUGAACACGGUCACCUUACAUGGCAGCCACAACCAACAAGAGAAAGAACCAGUCUUUAGUUUAAGGCACAAGUUAACUCUCAGUAGCAGAGUAGAAGAGCAGGAGAUUGACGAGGAUUGCAUUGUAUUCUGCUUUAGAGAGGAUGGAGCAGUCCAUGUGGUGAAGGAUGGGAAGCCGGAAGCAUCAUCUAACCAUGCUGAUGGCGCAAGCAAGAGUUCAACACGGCACAUAAAUCGAGAGGUUAGAUGCAAACCAUUUUGUUUGAUCGUAUUUUAGAUAUCGAGUAAGCCGGUUCCAAUGCUAGUAAUGCUUCUGUUUUUGCUUUGGUUUUGUGGGAACAGCUUGUAUAUGGUAAGUGUGCAGAGAAAGUGGACAACAGUUGCCAUGGCUGUAUGCUGGAUGAAGAUGGAGGAGAUGUCAGUGCAUCGAAUGAGGGAGAUAAUGUGAUCUCUAACAGAAAGGGGAAAGAAAAAUGGAGAAUCAAUUUGGAAACAGCAUCUCCUGCAGUGGAGCACGGAGGGGAGGACCACAUUGAGGAGGCUGAAGACUGUGUAAUGGUGUCUGCUGAAUCAAGUGAUUCCAAUCAAUCAGAUAGCAGCUCUGGUUCUUUUGCCUUCCCAGUGUUGAGAUGGGAAGGCAUUGGCAGCCCUGUGCAAAUGCCAAAACCAGACGCCCUCCAAUUAAGGAAGCCCAAGGCCAGGGCUGUGAGGCUUCACUGUUGUAGAUUCUGAAAGUUGCUCUCUCUCUCUC